UUAUUAAUUGUCGACACAGUUCUCUGCCAUACAAGCAAAAGAAAAUUUUCAUACUCGCUCACGUAAAAUAUAAAAAAUAUAAAUUUUAAUAGAAAAAAAUAUAAUUAAUACAAUAAAAAUAUUAAAUAUAAGUUAAUAAAGUAUUUGCGUGUGUUAAGUGCAAAAAUUAAAGCGUGGAAAAUGUGUAUUUGCUGAAAAAAAAAAAUGAUUUAGAAAAGUGUAUUAUGUCUUUUUCGGCUGAGGUCGCCAUUUUUAAUUUUUCUGUAUUAAAUUACCUCAAAAAAGAAAAAGCAUGAAAAAAAAGAAGAAAUUUUCAAAGAAAAUUGUUACAGAAAUUAAAGCAGCAAAAGUAUUGAAAUAUAAUAAAAAGAAAUAAAAGUGUUUUCGUAAAGAGUUUUUUUAAACCUAAAGUUUAAUAAAACAAAAAACCAAACUAAAAUAGUUACAAAAAAAAAAGAACCAUGUUGUCUUUUAAAGAAUUCAAAGCCACAGUUUGUACGGCUAAAGUGGCUGGACCACAACAAAAAGAAAUCAAAACAACCGCAGCAGCAAUAACAACAACAAAAACAACAAAAAACUCAGACAGCGCCAAAGAUCACAAUUUAGUUUUACCCUCAACAUCAACAACUGCAGCAGCAGCAUUAGCUGCCGCCUCAUCUCCUUCCUCUAACUCAAAUGCUUCGUCCAACAUUUUGUCCUCUUCAUCAGCAUCAGCAGCAACAACAACAAAUUUAAAAAUGUAUAAACUAUUUACAUUUAUUGAUGACAUCUAUCGUGAUAUACGCCGUUAUAAUUCAGGACUUUACAAGGAUUCUUACAGCACACAAUUAAUGCAAACCAUUAAUAAAUAUAAAAAUGGCUGCAAUGAAAUCUUUGGCAAAGUUUUAGAGUCUCCUGAUAUGAGUUUGAAAUUAUCACAAAAUAUUGUACGCACUCUUGACAUCUUUAAGCAGUUGAGUACAUGUUUAUCAGAUCUGGAAGAAUAUCAUUACAGAGUGUGUGAGAUUAUGUCCAUAUUUAUAGUCUGUGAGCUUAGGCUAAGUGUAGAUGCCGCCAACACCCCCCAAGAACAACUUGCAAUAGCGCAUCGUAUUAUCUACAUAAUGCGCAGACAUCUGGUACAAGAGGAAGAGGAUGCCACUCUUUAUAAUAUUUUACGUACUUUGGUUUAUAUACCCAAAUUAUACAAUGCCCGGGAUAUAAUGUGUGCAAUAUUUGGUGAAUUUAUACCCAUUAAACCGGUUUCGGAAGUCAAUGUCUUGCCCGACAAAUUAUAUAUGUUAUAUAUAAUUGUCUUCUAUCGUUGGAUGAUGAUGCAAAAAGAUGAUGACGAUAAAUUGCUGAUUGUCAACUUUGCCGAAAGUUUUAUGAAACCAUCGGUUUCUCUCUGCUCCAAUAAUUUGUAUGGCUCUUAUUUACCCAUGUAUACCACACAUAGUACAGCUACUCGUACUAUUUUAAAUAAUUUAAAAUUUUAUCGUGAUAUACGUAAUGCUUCAAUUAUAGAUAAUGCUCUCAAAACCAUUGGAUCUAUAGUGAACCUCUGUGAUGACGAUGAAGACGAUGAUGUUAUUGUAGUAGAUGCCACUUCACCUGCCAGUGAUUUUGCCCAAAUUUUUGCCACCGUACAGUUGGAACCAUUAAGUGGUAGUAUGUCGAACAUUAAACUCGAAGAGAAAACUGUUAUUGGCACUGUUGAUUUGACCAUGGAGGAAGAGGAAACAACAAAUACUCAAGGUAGCAUUACAGAACGCCACGACAAAUGGUUAAAUGAUUUCCAACAAUUGGCUAAACAAUAUCGUGAAGCACAAUUACUAUUAGAGAAACAACAACAAAAUAAUAAUUUGAUCUCAAAUCGUGAUAAAGAAGCUGUCAUUUGUUUGGACAGUGAUUCUGAAAGUGAGGAAGAGAUCUCAGCUGUUGUUUCUAAGGAAAGAACUAUAGUAGCCGCUGCAGCGUCAACAACAGCAACAUCGGAAUCCUCUAAGGCAGCUAAUCAACAUAAGUCCUGUGAAGAUUUAUUUGUGGAUAGUUAUCCUCUAACCACAACACCCAUACAUUGCGACACCGAUUUAGAGUCUUUAGAAGCUGAUGAUGAGGAUGAUGUAACUAAAAUAUCUGCUAGAUUUUUAACCGGAACUCUACGUACCUAUCAGGCUAAAAAGAGUAAUCUAACGGAAACAGGAGAUAAAAACCAUUCUAACGAUGAUAAUCAAGAGCCAUAUCAGCCAACAACACACAUAAAUCAGGCUUACAGAAGAGAUAGUAUACAUAUAUCCUCUUCGCCGCCCGAAGGACCAGAGGAACAUGAGGAAGAUGAUGGUACUGAUGUCCAAGACGAACAUGAUGACGCCCUCCUCAAUGAAGAAGUCGAUGAGGAAGAAGAACCUAAUGCCUAUGCAUUUUUGCCUACUGCAAGUAAAAAACCCGAAAAGGAAAUAUUUGCCAAGCAAAUACGACCAAUGGGACCUUAUCCCACUUACAAUAAUAUGCAAGCUAAUGAUAAAGUAGUAUUUUCUCAAGCUCUAACACGUUAUCAACAGCAUCAGCAGCAAGAUAAACAUUAUUAUUCCGAUAGUUCGGAAGCAAAGACGCCCAAAAAACAGAAGAAGCGAGUACAAUUCAAUACCAGUCCCUUAGGACCAACCGUUCCUAGUUCCACCCAUAAAAUGCCUCUCAAACCAGCUAUACAGCAACAAAAAUACAAAGCCUCCGAUGCAUCAGAAUAUUUUCAUUUACGUGACUUUGAUGGUUCUUCUUAUGCCGGCAGCGUAGCCGGCUCCUCCACUUCCAAUUCAACGUCUUCAUCUAUAAAACAUCAGGAACAGCAAGAGCACUUAGCGGCAGCAGCAACAUUAUUUCGUAAUAUAUUUGACAGAGCACGAGCACCCUACCCCUACAGCAGUGGACCCUUUUCACCCUCCUCAAUGUCGUUAUCAUCACACCCGCCUACACCCUCUUCGACUACACGCAAAAAAUCUCGACUACCAAAAAAUAAACCACCUCUACGGAGACCCACCAUGGGUACUAGAGAAGAUUUGCAAAAUAUGGAUGGGGCUCGGGAAAAUAACAGCAAAGGUCUAUUUUCAAUAAUACGAAAUCGAGAGGAUUUAAAUGAUGGCUAUCAGUCAAACGGACCGCUUGGUGGUAUACCUAGUAGCAGCUAUCAGGAGUCCUCCGAUGAGUUUUAUAGUGUGGUCUCCGAUUCUGAUAUUGUCAAUAAUGAACGUUAUAGAAAUGAUGCCAAAUUGCGUAAACGUUGUGCUGUGGUUAUAACACCCACCAAGGAGUUAAUACAAUACGAACGCAAACGUGAUCAAAUGUACAAUGAAAUAUUGUUAAAACAAAGACGAAAACUGGAGCUAAGAGCCUUGGAAAAGCAACGAGAAAAGGAACGUAGACGCUUGGGAAGAAGAGAGGAGCAUACGGAACAAACAAAAGGAAAUGAGAAAGGCGACUCUAAUGCAGCAAUACAAAGGGAUCGAGACAAAAAACUACGCAGAAAAUCAAGAAGUUAUACCGAGAUUUUCAUGAGUAGUGAAUCAGAAUUUGAAACAAAUUUCCAAGUACGAACACGUAGGCAAAAGCAACAAACGGUUAAAGAUUUACAGCAGCCUUUGAAUAUACAAAUUGAAAUGACAGAGGCCACAACUAACUCGCUGCUAAGUCAAAUCGAUGCCCAUUUAGAGAAACCGGAAAAGAAAACAGAAAAGUUACCGGAGGAAAGGCCAAAACUAACUAACGAAGAGUUUGAGGCAAAAGAUAUUAAACAGAAAACUUGUGAUAUUAAUAAUGACAAAGGUCAAACAACAAAAAUGAGAGAACUUAAUCUUUUAGCAGAUAUAGCACAGCAUUUAUCACCAUAUCAAUUAGAUUUACCUGAAACUAAUAAAACACCAACACCACCCCCCGCUAACUUAACAGAGCCUGCAGCUACGGAGGUAGCAAAAGAAAAGGUUACAGUUACGGAGCAUAUAAUAUUACCCACAACUUUUGACAAUCUUUUGGAGAAAACACAAACUCAAUUGGAUGUUAACGAGCAGCAGCAGCAAAUGGCAACUACUUCUACUCAUUCUCCACCACCCAGCUAUGCUCAUGAACCAAAACUUAAUUUAGCAGCUAAUUACAAUUCUAGUCCUAAGGCAAUAACUUUGCCACAACAACAAAAUAAUACUCCUUUAAUUGAAAACAUUGAGCAAACUGCUCCGUUGCCCAGCAAUGACUCGGCUAACACUAAAAAAAUCGAUGAAACUUUAGAACAGAUUCUAGAAGAAUCCAUAAGUGUUUUAAAAUCUGUUACUAGUCCUGCAAAUCUCUUAAAUGAAAGCCCUGCUACACCCGCAAAAGCACAGACACCGCCUCCUUCUCCUGCUCCUCAGCCUAUUAGUGCAACAACAAUUCCAAUAUUAAUAAGUAAUGUGAAAUCUUUAAAUCAUUUCGAAGAACAACAAGAGAAAGAUAACAGCGAGAAUACAACACAGCAUUUAACGACAAAAACAGCUGAAAUGAAAGAAAAUGUUGUACUUAAGAAAACCAAAGAUCGGACACAAGAUGCAACAGACCCCACACUUUUAUCUUCAACAAUUUUAAAUAACUCUGAAACCUCACUGCUAAACGCAGAUGCAGGUGAUCUUUCGAAUAUAUCUAGCGAAGCUUCGGAUAUGUUACCACAAGCUCUCAAAGUACCCUCUCUUAUGGCUGCAGAUUUGUCGGAUAUUUCUUUAGAAUCGGAAAUUUCUAAACAUUUACCCGAUAUAGCAGAACCCUCACCAGUGGUUACCGACAUGUCCGAUAAUUCUAAUGAAUCAAAUAUCUCCAAAGAUUUUAAUCUAAACAACAACAGCACCACCACCACCACUAUGGCGGCGGUAAUGUCUUUGCCAGAUUUACCUUUGGAAAUGCCCAUUGUAGCAACAACUAACUUGCCUGGAGAUACUCAUUUAGAUUCAAUGGAAAGUAAUUUUCAAAAUCUAAACACUACCUUAAAUACGCCCACCAAACUUAUGGGCUCAACCCAACAACAACAACAGCUAACACAAUCUCACAACAACGAUUUAAAUACUCCCUUGAAAUUUCCCUUACAACCGGACCUGGAAAAUGAGGCCACAACAACAUUACCACUUAAAAAUGUAUUAGAACCAGAAGCGGAUAAUAAUGUUACCAAAUUUCUGGAUUUAAUUUUAAAUAAAACGGUAACCGAUGCCGAAUCAGAGACACGCGAUAAAAUUAUCAAGGAACUUAAUGCUUUAACCGCUGAUAGCACCGCAACGGCAAGCGAGGCAAGUGAAAGUGCAAGUAAUGAGGAAAUAACUGCAACUCCACCACUAGAAGUUGAGGCAACAGCAGAGAAAUCAUUGGAACUUGAGAAUACAGAGGAAACAAAUAAAACAUUAGAUUUAGCAGCUAUAGCAGAGCUAGAAAAAGAGGAGCAGCAGCAACCGAUAAAGAAAAAUAUUUCCAUGGAUUUACAACAAACUAAAGAAGUUAACAUGGAAAAUGCUAAGGAAACGCCGGCAAGUGCAAAUAAUGAAGAUUUAAUCCCACCAAAAGAAAACCCUAAAGAGGAAAUGAAUCCUUUAGCAAAACCUUUAACGAAGUCAUCAUUCUCUUCACCCUUAAAGCAAACCUUCAAUAUAAAGUGUCGUGUACGACUUAAACGUCUGAAUAUAGAUGAACAUUGCAAACGUUCGAAGAAAGAAACUUGGAUGGCCAUACCCUUAACAAAACCAGAGGAAGUGGUAGAGAAAAGUCCAAAUAAUAACGAAAUGAAAAACUGUGAUAAUAUGACGAUGUCGCUGACAACGGAAACGACAACGUCCGUAAUUAAAAAACCCUGCUUAAAAUACAAUACAAACAGCAAACGUGCAAGUGAGGAGGAAGAGAUUAAGACGCUGGAGCAGUCAACAGCUGCUGCUGCUGCUGAAGAGCCGCCAUUGGCGGCCAAGAAAGCUAAAUUGGAAGAAGAACCUGCAAAUGUGGAACCAACUUCCUUAGCUACAGCUACACAGCAGCAGUUACCAUUACAAAGCUCAGCUUUGGUUGUAGCUCCAGCUUUAAGUGCGUCAAACUUAAGCCAAGUGAAAACUAAAACCAAACCAUUAAAAACGGUUACUUUUGAUUUGUCCAAUUUAAAUGAAGAACUAAGAGACUCGACCUCUUCCUCCACCUCCUCCUCUGCCACUUAUCCAACAACUAAACAUAGAAGCAAACAUCAUAAUGCACAUAUAGCGGGCGGAGCUAUGGGUUGUUAUUUAAAAAAUAACCGAACACACAGAAAAUUACCAGAUAAUACCUUAAGAGCCGCCGAAACCCUACAAAUCUUUGUGAACACCAUCAAUGACAGCACACGCACCCCACCUCCGGCUGAGUUCAAUAAGAAACGCAGUCCCAUUAAGAACAAAUGUAUAGCAGAAGAUGAGACACCGCGACCACCACCAGCUUCUACGCUAAUGGGUACACCUCCUUGCAAGAAAUCCUGCACGGAUAAAGCACGCUCUCAAAUCAGCUCCACGAAAUGUAAAGAUCAAUUGGUGUCUUCGUUGGCGGCACCAUCCAUAUCAACGAUUACUAGUGAUAUUACUACAGCUAGAAUCUAUACCUCUUCUCCUUUGGAUCAGACACUGCCCGAGUAUGAUGAUAAUGUCGAUACAGUGGCAGAUACGGAGCUUAUACUUCCAACAACGACUGGCAGUUUGAGGCGUAAAUUGAAAAGACCCAAAAAGUCCCUGACAAGACCCGAACCUGCUGAUGAUACCAGUACGGAUGAUAUUAGCAAUCAGCCGGAGUGUAAUGGUGAGGAUGAUACCGAUGCUGUGGUAGACAAUGAGGAUGAUGUGUUUGCCGAAGAAUUGCUACCCAUACCGGCGGCAAAUGAGCAUAUUUUGGAGGAGAUUGUAAGCGCCCGUCCUACACAUAUGGGCACGGGUACUGUUAUAAGAGAUGACUACAUGAAUAUAGAGGCCACGGCCACAGUACCCGUGUAUUUGUUUAAUGAUGAAAGUCGUGAUUUGGCCACUCCAGAACCCAUACAAAGUAGUGGUGAUACCAACACCAAUGUGGUAGAUUCUUCUUCGUAUUUAAACACCUCCUCAUCACCGGCCAAUCAUAAUGCCAUGGCCACCACCACGGCUAGUACCACCUCUUCCUCUACAACCACAACAGCUUUGGGAAAUUUGGAAAAAUCUAUGUUAUCACCCUCAGAACAUGAAGUUUCUUCUACCCAAGAAACCUUCUAUCAGACACCCACUAAAAGUAAACAAAACGGUGAAAAUUUCGGAGAAAAAUCCUCCUCCUCAAACGCCAAAGACAAAGGUGGAGGCGGUGGCAGUAGCUGCUCAUCUAUGAACGGUAGUCAAAAACUAAAAACCGAUGAAAUUAGUUUUCCAAAUAAACAGCAAGAAGAUCAUACCUCCUCCACUACGGGACUAUUGCAAAACAAUCAAGUUGACACCACAAAUCAUUCGCCCGAAAUGUGUACUUUAACCUUGACCCCCACAACCACUAGCACCACCACCAGCAGUCUAACAAAUAAUCGUAAAAUGCGUAAAGUCUCCACACACGAUGAGAUACUCUUCAAUGAAUUGCAACAACAACAGCAGCAGCAACAACAGCAACAGUUACAGGCUGUCACAAAUAAAAGAAAAAACCUAAGCUCUACUACCACAUUUUGUGCCGAAUCUACCAGUGAUCACAAUAAUUGUAAAACUAAAGUUAUAAACAAGAACACACUCGAAGAAACUAGUGUUAAAUCCAAUGGCUCGCUGGCCAAAGAGGAUAAAUUUAAGAAACUCUUAAAAGAAGCCUGUAAACGAGAUAAAAAUCUAAGCUCUAAUGAAUUGGAGGUAAUGGGAACUGGUGGUUUAAUAGCAGGCACUAACGCUGUGGUAGCAACUGGUGGUGGCGGUGGCGGCGGAGGAUCCUCACCCUCCACUACCACGCUUAUCAAUGAAGAAAAAAUCUCUCGUUCCAAGCGUAAAAAACAAAAAUCAUCCAAAUCGAGUAAAUCGAAAACUCAUAAUGAAAGAUGUACAAAAAUUGUGCUUAAAGCUUCCAAACUAUCAGCCCAUGUACCCGCCACCACCACUAAUCCUCUCAUAAUAACAAUACCCAAAUCCAGAAUUUUACGUCCACCACCUACGCCUACACCGCCUACGCCCACAGAAAUUGAUGAUCGAAUGGAAGAAUUCAUAGAUAUACCAAAUGCUAAACUUUUUACGGAAAAGAAAAAUGAUAAUGGAACAACGUUGGAGCCGCAACAACAGCCGCAGCUACAUCAGCAAUCAUCUUCUAAACAAGCACAAUCUUCAAAUUCUAUUACGAAAAAAGAGUGGCAUCAAUCAUCUGUGACGGCGCCCGUUAAAUCUAAACGUUCUCAUAGCCCGGUUAAUAACCUAAAGGAGUCAUCAAACCUUAAAACCAGUGUGACUAAUCUAAAUGAAAUCAAAGAAGCCAAAGGCAAUAGUACAAGCAACAACAAGGACACUAAAGAAAAGUCCUCGUCAGCAACAGCAGUAAAAUCGUCGGGAAAAGAAACAGAGACCAAGGAAAAGGCCACGGGAUCUGUAACAAUCGUUAAAAAGAAAACUAAAAGCAGCAGCAGUCAUAGCAGCUCUAGCUCUAGUGCCACUAACAAUCACAACAACAAUAGCAAUAAUAAGGAAUUAAUAUUUGUCAAGGAUAAAUAUGAUUUAAUUAAAAACAAAGAAAAAUCUCAACAAAACAAUGAAAUACAGGAAAAUAAAGAAAAACUUAAGGAAAAAACCAAUAGCCAACAAACUAAAACUAUAGCUAAUACAAACUCCAGCCAAAAUCGCUUACAUAAGAGUUCAACUAAAGAUAAGAUAAAAGAAAAAUCCUCCCACAAGAAUAGCGAAAAGUCGAAUAAUUUAAAAUUCAAUAUAUCUUUGCCAAUUAGCCAUAAACAUACAAACUCCUCCUCCUCUAGUACACACUCAACGACAAGCAGUAAUAAAGCAAGCAAUAGUAAAACCACAAAAAACAGCUCCAAUCAUAAUUCCUCCUCGUCCUUGUCCUCUUCAUCCAACAAUCUUAGCACAGCUGAUAAAGCUAUAGUUAAAACUAAAACGAAUCUCUCUACAACAACGGCAAAUGCAACAGAUAAUAAACAAGGAACACCUACAUCCACCUCAACCUUAGCAGGAUCCUCCACAUCCUCCUCCUCCUCCUCUUCCACAUCCGCUAGUACAGUGACAAUAGCUACGCAUCAUGUACGUAAAAAAUUAAAAACAAAGUAGCUAAGAGGUGGUGUCAUUGUGUUAGCUAAGGAGGACUGGUUACAACAACAAAAUGCCAAAAUGCCAUUAAAAAAGAGAAGGGUGCUCAAUUAUUAAUAAAACAGAAUAACAACAACAACAACAAUUUAAACAUAUUUAAUACAAAAAUUACAAAAAAUUAAAAAAAAAUAUAUAAAAAUAAUUUUAAAGAAAAAAGAAAUUUAAUUAAAAAUAUUUAAAAAAUUAAAUUUAAAUAAAUGUAUAGUAGAGAGUUUAUUUUUAAAUACUAAAAUAAAAUACAAAAGAGAGCAAAUUAAAAGAGCAUAAAAAGAGAAAGAGAAAAGAAAACAGUUUUGUUAUAUAAACAAAAAAAAAAAAGGAUUUCAUUUUGUUAAAAUUUUUAAGAACUUUUAAUGUUCUUCAAAAAGCUUUAAAACAAAAUUGAACUAUGACCUAAAAGAGCUAACACACUUAACAUUUUCAUUGUGAUGUUUUUUUAGUUUUUAAAUAUGUUUUUUUUUUGUAGAAAAAAUUGUUUUCGUUUCUCUUUUUUUUUUUUGGAAAAAAAAAAUUGCUUUUAUUUUAUAUUAAAACUUAUGCGUUACUCGUAAU